UGGAAACAUUUUGAUUGGAUACUGUUACGUCAGUCAAAAUGGUUGCUAUUCGCUGUGGUAGGUUGUCAACUGAGGGAUUUGGUUACUGUUGCCGCUGCAAUGAAAAUAUCAGCAGAGGAUGCGAGUGGGUGCAGUUUAUUAAUUAGCAACAUUUAACAGGGGAUGUGUGCCUGUGGGGAGAAUGUGGCGUGUGCUAUGUCCCACCCCCUCUGGAUCGCUCCCAGGACCCCGCGUCGGGCCGCCCCAUGACCUGCUGUAGCCAGGCUCCAUCUCUUCUCUCUCCCUGCUGACUAGCCUGCACCCCUGUUGCCUUUCUCGAGGACGUCUCCUGCCAUCGGUGAUGUGAUGAAUAAAUUUGAAGUGCUUGGAAUCGUGGGUGAAGGAGCCUAUGGUGUAGUCCUGAAGUGUCGACACAAGGAGACAAAUGAAAUCGUGGCCAUUAAGAAGUUCAAGGACAGUGAGGAAAAUGAAGAGGUCAAGGAGACGACCCUUCGGGAGCUGAAGAUGCUCCGCACUCUGAAGCAGGAGAACAUUGUGGAGCUAAAGGAGGCCUUCCGCCGACGUGGCAAACUCUACCUGGUCUUUGAGUAUGUGGAGAAGAACAUGCUGGAGUUACUGGAGGAGUUCCCGAACGGCGCCCCCCCGGAAAAAGUGCGGAACUACAUCUUCCAGUUAAUCAAAGCAAUCCACUGGUGCCAUAAGAAUGACAUUGUGCACAGAGACAUCAAGCCGGAGAACCUUCUCAUCAGCUCGGACGACGUCCUAAAGCUGUGUGACUUUGGGUUUGCACGUAACCUAUCGGAGGGGAAUGACGCUAACUACACAGAGUACGUGGCCACCAGGUGGUACCGCUCUCCAGAGCUGCUUCUGGGUGCUCCCUAUGGGAAGGCAGUGGACAUGUGGUCAGUGGGCUGCAUCCUGGGCGAACUGAGCGACGGGCAGCCUCUGUUUCCGGGCGAGAGCGAGAUCGACCAGCUCUACACCAUCCAGAAGGUGCUAGGCCCGCUGCCCCCCGAGCAGAUGAAGCUCUUCUACAACAACCCUCGCUUCCAUGGCCUGAGGUUCCCCACAGUAAACCAUCCCCAGACCCUGGAAAGAAGAUAUCUGGGCAUCCUCCAUACAGUCUUGCAGGACCUGAUGAAGAAUCUAUUGCUGCUGAACCCCAACGAGCGCUUUCUCACGGAGCAGUGCCUUGACCACCAGGCCUUCCAGAACCAGCGCAUCGUCGAGCGGCCCGGCCCCCUCACGCCCACUCCUGCUCGCUCCUCCAAGAGGAAGCCACACCAUGACAACACUGCCCCUGGCAGCAGAGGCCAUGGAUCGAAGAGUUCAGGUCACCACCGCUCCAACAGCCGUGACUGCUCCAGCCUGCCACGUCACGAGGACCUGCACCCGCCAGGCAGUUCGGAGGCGUUCCUGAACGGCAACAUGCCCUCGAUCUCCGCCUCCUCCAGCCUCAGCCCGACGCUGCACCCCAAGAGCUACCAGCCCCAGAGCCUCAACCGCUCGGCCUCCUGCGGCAAGGACCUGGCCAUGUCCAACCACAGCAACCUGCCUCACAUGCACCAAGGCUCCAAGGACCACGACUUUGACUUCGGCUUAGGCUCCGGCAAGCCUGCCGACGGCCCUGGAGCCAAGUACCUCAAGUCCACAGGCUCGCGCUCACAGAACCGCCACUCCUUCGUGGAUGGCAAGCCCAACACGCUGCAGGGGGACCGGGAGAAGCACGGGCGCCACGGCUACGGGGAGGCGCUGUCCUCCUCGGGUGACAGGAAGACCUCUUCGUUCCUCAACAUGUCCAAGAGCCACGGCACGCUCAGCGACGCCAAGUCGGUGGGCAACCUUAGCGACCCGCGCCUGAUCCCAGACGAGCCCCCGCCUAGCCGCUACUUCCCCGCUAGCUGCUUAGACCUGCACCAAGGCCUGACCGCGCCUGGCAGCCCUUCACUGCGCCAUAGCGACCGAUCCGGGCACAGCCCGGCAGCCGCAUCCUCCUCCUCGUCGUCCCGCGGCAACAAGGGAGAACGCGAGGGCGGAACGUUAGACUCGUCGUUUCGCCGCUCGUCGUCGCGCCACAAGAGCCAGCAGCAGGAGGACUCCAAAUCGCCCGACACCCACGACCCCGGCGGUGGAGGAGGAGGAGGAGGCGGCGGCGGGGGCCACGGUCACUCCCUCUCUGCGCCCCAUGAGGUGGCGUUCCCCUACGGCCUGGGCUACACCAGCCCUUUCUCCUCCCAGCAGCGGCCGCACCGCCACUCCAUGUACGUGCGCCGGGAGCGAGGGCGGCCCCACGGCGUCGACGGCGGAGGCGGCGGCGGCGGCGGCGGUGGCGGAGGCCUGGUGGUCGGGCAAGGCAUGCCGGUCAGAGCCAGCAGCCUGCAGAUGCUGUCACCUCAGCUGCAGCACCGCACGCUGCCCCGGCACAUGGGCAGCUCCGUCUCCAGGGAGGACCUGAACGAAGACAUGAGCAGGGGCGAGCCGCCUGCCUCGGACACGCCCCACUCCCGGCCCCUAAUCAGGGACUCCACGCGGGACAACACCACCCCCCCCUUUCACGCCCCGCGCCAGAAGAGCGAGGUGGGCAUGUACCACGAGCAGCACCCCGAGGACAACGGCUCCUCGAAGGAGAACCGUAUGAUCUACAGCGAGUCCAUGCCCCGCAGGGUGGGCAGCUUCUACAGGGUGCCCUCUCCGAGGCCAGAUAACUUUCAUGACAGCGGGAACCAGAGUCGUGGGUCUGGGAUGACAGGAGACAGCAGCUCCAUGAGUAACCACGCCAAACGCCAGCCUGCCUUUGACCCCUGGACUGGACCAGAGGCAGCCAGCAUGAACCCCCCUGAGCCAGCCAAAGAGAAAGAGAAGCAGGGCUUCUUCAGAGCAAUAAAGAAGAAGAAGAAGAAGUCCCAGACGGCGGAUGUCGCAGAAGGACGGAGUCCCAUCAUCAAGAAAUGUCUUUUCCCCCUGUUUAACUCAAAGAAUCACUUAAAGCAUAACUCCUCUAUGAAAGUCCUCCCCGUAGUCUCUUCACCGAUGGUCCCGACCGACGGCCCGGAUCCUGUGGUAAUGCAGAAGUCGGUAAGGUCAUCCUCACACCAAAGCGGCCGUCAUCGGAACCGGACGCGGGAUCGGGAUCGCGACCUUGAGCAAGAGCGGGACCGAGAUCGAGACGAGUGGCCCAUCGAAAAGAUGGCCGAGCCUCCUCCUCAGAAUCAACAUCUCAGGUCCCUGAGGAAGCUCUUGCACCUCUCCAGCUCCUCAUCCAACCAGACCGUUCCUUCUGAACUGCGCUUCCAAGCACUGCCCAACCCGCCGUCCUCCAAGAGCGGGGGCUUCGCGGACGCCCGCGGCCACCCAGGGGGGGUCCCUGCCCAGUCCAAGAGCAGGCAGGCCGUGUACCCCCUCCCCGGGCAGCUGGAGUCCAGCUGGCACUCCUCGGCCCUGGGCCGCGCUGAGGGGAACCCCUACCCAGACCCACUGGCCGCCCAGGGAGGCCAGAACGGCCAUGGCUUUGGCCGGCCCCCUCGCUCACGGAUGCCAAACCUCAACGACCUGAAAGAGACCGCUCUUUAAGAGACAGAGCCAUUAUCAUACUGUCACCACAGUGACCCCUGCUGUCCUGUAUGACCAUGACUGCACCAUAUAGAUUGCCUCUGAGCCACUGGUGGGAUGGGGAAGCACUCUGUUCAUGCAGGGAAACGGUGGGCCUAAUAAAUGUCUUAAUUUUUUUAAGCUUCCAUAUUUGAUAGAAUUUGUAAUAUUAUUUAUGUAUUAUUCUUAUUAUAAUUUUUGUUAUGAAAUAAAUACGAUACAGAUGAUGAAUAUAUGUAUAUGGCAAUCUAAGAUGUAUAGUAUAAGUGUGAAAGCUUUAGUUUCUACAUAAUAGAGAGAAAUAUUACAUUAUCCUGCAUAAUAAUUAUAUAUUUCAUUAAGAGUAUUUAAUGGUAUGUGUAUGCAGUAUUUAAGUUUAUGAAAAAUGAUCAUCACAGAUAUACAUACGUUCUGUUGUAGUCAUGCCUGUGCUCAGUUGUGGGCUGAUGAAGGCAGUCUGUCUGUAGAUGUCCUCCCCCAGACUGGUAAUCCAAGCCAGCCCCCCUCUUUCACUGGCGCCACUUGUUUGAUUUCUGAUGCACAACCAUUUUCAAAAUAACCAUUUUCAUGCUGAUUUGAUUUUCUGAACUCAUGCUCAUGAAGGCCAGCCAUUAACGAGAACAAAUCAAGGUCAUCUUCUGUGUUGUCUACCUGAUGCACCAGGGAUGCGGCCAAAAGUGGUGUUAUUGCAUUUUGGUGCCACUCUUUGGUCGGAAAUGGCCAUUGCAAGACAAGAUAUCAUCCUUCCAUUGUUGAGAUAUUAGUACCAGUAGUACCAUUCAAAUGUGUUCCUAGUCCUCACUGUGGUUUACACGUUUUAAAGCAUCAUAGAUAUGUAAGACUACAGAGAUAUAUUAUUGUAUUUUUAAGAUUACAAUAGCUAUGAAUUAUAUGUGCUAUAAGAUUAAUAAUAUAAUGGGCCAUUGCAAGGUAUUUUACUGUUGUAAAGUAGCCAGAAGGUAUUUAAACUAAAGUAUGGCAAUAUUAACAAAUUUAUGGCUAGGCAAUUUGAUAUAUAAAUUCUAUCACCCAUACAAUUAUAAAAGGGCACUGCUACAAUGAUAGAUGCUCAUAAUUUCUGUUUAUUUUGUAAUAUCUUAGAUAUCCGGGAUGGCAUUCCCCAAUUUUAGAGUAAUUAAUUUGACCACAAGAGCCUGCUUUUCUCUCUUAGUCUCUCUUAGUGUAUAUGAGACCAGCAUAAUGCCUCUACCAGUUAACAACUGUGAUAGUCACCACAGAUCCUUUAGGCAGGUCUUUUCGUGUCCGGUCAGGUUUACAUGAAACUCAUACUGGGAGAUAGUUGGAAGUUGGGUACAGGUAGGCCAGUGUGUUCAAGACCUCAUCAUAUCAGUCUGUGGCCGAGGGCAUCCACAGUCAGAUGGAAGGACCCAGGAAUGCAACUGUCUCAGAGUACUUUAGGAAGAAGAACAAACAAAGUCUACACGACGUAGCUCGGCAAAAAAACAAAUCUCACUUUGUGGUCCUUAUUGGUGCACCUUACAUGGAUACGCUCAGAUAAUGUACUUUUUUCCCACCCACUCUGGGGUCAGUGCUCAGCUGAGUGUGAAAUGACUAUCUAACACAAGGGUGGGCCACGUAUAGCCAGAUCUCAUGGCUGUCUGCAAUCACAUUUUUGUAUUGUAUUUCUGUUCGGUAUAUAGAACAUACCCUGUAUACAUAUGGUAUAUCCCCGAUCAAUUUCAAAUAAAUGUGAUGACAGUACAUACUGCAGAACCACCAGUCACUGACAUUACUUUAUGGAAUUAAUGUUUUAUUUUGGGAUUUAAAAAAAAAAUGUAUUAUAUUAAUACCAAUGUGAGAACAUGUCUUUGGAGAUAUUUAUAAAAAAAAGUUUAUCCGCAAUGAAAUGAAAACAGGUAUUGGAAACUUUGUUGUUUUAUUAUAAGACACAGACAUGACCUAGUAGCAUACUGGUAGACUUUUAACGUAUGGUCUGUUGCAGCAGUUCACUUGUUUUCAUUGGUAUAUUAUUGGCAACCUGGCUAUACAACAAUGUUUAUGUUUACAUCUGUUACCGACAGUGACUCAAUAAAACCUGCAAUAUAAA